CUGCUAGAAAGAAUUAGCCUCUCUAAAGAUAUGUGACAUGAAAAGAGGGGACAGAGUGUCCCAAGAAGGAACUAGCCUACACACUUAUAUAAAGAUUCCAAUCCUGCAUCGAGAUAGCCACACCACCAUUAUCACAGCAGGCUGCUCCAUUUUCUCUCUAUCCAUCUCGCUGUCUGCAUGGCGACAACUUGCUGAUUAAUGCGCUCACCCCCUCCACCUCCUUCCAUAUCGCCUCUCCAUCUUUCUCUCUCGACUCCUCCUUCAUUUCCAAUCUGAUGGAAAAGCCAAAUCCUUCUUUAUCUCCACAACUUCUCCUUCUGCUUCUGCUUGUCAUCGUCACAGCAAGCAGCAGAUGCAGAGCAGAGAAUAAUGUUGUUGGUGGCAGGGGAAAACAGAGUAGUAGUAGUAGUAGCGGAGUGGCCUUCUUCAUAUUCGGCGACUCAUUCCUGGACGCCGGCAACAACAACUACAUCAACACCACCACCUUAGACCAGGCCAACUUCCCACCUUACGGCCGGACCUUCUUCAACUUCCCCACCGGCCGCUUCUCCGACGGCCGCUUGCUCCCGGACUUCAUUGCCAAAUACGCGAAGCUGCCGCUGAUUCCACCCUUCCUAAAACCUGGCAACAACAUCAACGAUAUGGCCAUGGGAGCCAACUUUGCAUCCGCCGGAGCUGGCGCUCUCGUCGAGACCUUCCAAGGAGAUGAGCACAAGGUUCAACCUGUGGAAACGGUACAAAUCCACAAUUCGGCAUCAGCUUCCGUUCAAGAGGCGUGUAAAAAAUUACUCGAGUUAUUGGGAUCAAGAAGUGGUGAUUGAUCUGCAGACGCAGCUGGGGAACAUGAAGAAGGUGGGGAAAGGGUUGAGGAACAAGUUGGGCAAGGAGGAAAGGGAUGCAAAGAUAUCAGGAGGAGUGUACAUGUUCAGCAUUGGAAGCAAUGACUACAUGAGCCCUUUCCUGACCAAUUCCUCGUCUUCACUCCUUUUCCACACCUCCAGCUCCAGAUUUGUAGCCAUGGUGCUCGCCAACUUGACAGCAGUUGUCAAAGACAUAUAUGAUAUGGGAGGGAGGAAGUUUGUGUUCAUGAAUGUGCCGACGUUGGGAUGUCUGCCUGCGAUGAGGCUGCUGAUGAAGAACCCUAAUGGGAAGUGCUACGAGGAGCAGGUUUCGGAGCUGGCAAAGCUGCACAAUGCUCGACUUUCGACGGUGGUUCUGCCUCGGCUGGCCAGGGAGCUGAAAGGGUUCAAGUAUUCGUUGUUUGAUUUCAGCACCAGUUUGCACCGCAGGAUGACCCAUCCUUCCAACUACGGGUUGAAGGAAGGAGAAGAGGCGUGCUGCGGGACAGGGAAGUGGAGAGGGAUCGACAGCUGCGGAGGGAAGAGAAGUGUGAAGAAGGAGUUUGAGGUCUGCAACAAUCCCACUGAAUACCUCUUCUGGGACUCAUUUCACCUCACUGACACUGCUUACCACCAAAUGGCUCGUGAGAUCUGGAAUCCAACUCCUCCUCCUUCUUCAACCAUCACCAAGACCUCUCCCCUCGCCAUUGUCGGACCUUACACCCUCCACCAGCUCUUCCACGCUGCCAUUCAUCAUUAGCUCAUCGUGUUUACCUUUAAGCUAGCGAUAUAUCGAGCAUAUACAUAUAUAGGUUAGCUAGUAUAUGGUCUAAUUUCUACUCUUCAAAUAGCUAUUUGGUCUGGGCUUUUUGGUUUUAUUCGAAACCGAACCGUAUAAUCCGGACCGAUAUCAGACUGGGACCGGAUAGUAAACAAUCCAAUUUCAUCUUCGGAUUUAGAUUUGAGAUAAAAAAAAAUUCGUUCGUGGCCAGACCGAAAACCG